AUGCCGGAGUUGAUGUUGACGACAGAAAGAGUACGACCUAGCACCGACUAUUUAGCCGUUGAAACCACGCCUGAGUCUUCGGUGUUGACUUGGUCGACAGGGAAAAAGGGGCAACACACUGGCAAUCCCACUGUUGCAACUACACCCGAGUCUCCGAUGUUGACUUGGUCGACAGGGAAAAAGGGGCAACACACUGGCAAUCCCACUGUUGAAACUACACCUGAGUCUCCGGUGUUGACUUGGUCGACAGGGAAAAAGGGGCAACGCACUGGCAAUCCCACUGUUGAAACAACGCCUGAGUCUACGAUGUUGACUUUGUCGACAGGGAAAACGCAGCAACACACUGGCUAUCCCACUGUUGAAACAACGCCUGAGUCUACGAUGUUGACUUUGUCGACAGGGAAAACGCAGCAACACACUGGCAAUCCCACUGUUGAAACUACGACUAAGACAUGGCUGGGAAUUACGUCUACAGGGACUAAUGACAGUGGCGGUGGAGCUGCACGUGAAAUGAAUCCCGAAGGUUCUGUACAAGGUCUCACUAUAAUUCUACCCGCUGUCACCGGUGUCAUCUUGCUCUGCGGGAGGAAAAUUCAAACUUCCCCAGUAGGCGAGGAAAAUGGAGACCCAUCUUCAACUCAAAAAGAUAAAAACGACAACAGAGAAAACCCACAAGAAGAAGAAGGUUGCAGUGAGACUCCGUACGUCCCUCCGGCAACUGGUGCCAUACCCAUCCCCCCGACACUGAAGCAAUUUUCAACUAAUCCUUCUCAUUCGAGCUCCGACAAGCUUCAAUCAAAAGACACAGACAGUUUACACGAGGAUCAGUUUGGAAAAGCUGGCGAACAUACUGUUUCUGAUAAUAGGCGUCACGUCUCGGCUACUGGUGGCGCCACCGUGCCACAUGAUUUACCACCAGUGAGCAGGCCAUUUGAUCAAACCGAUCAAAACAUUCCACAGCGGCUUCCAGCACGCCUGCCACCCUUAAAGAGAGAAUGA